AUGGAAGACGAAAGUGAUGAGCAUUUCAUUUAUAGGUUAAAUGACAACGGCUCCGGACCCAGCCUCCUUGUCAAGGUAUGCGCCGAACGCGGCUGGCGGAUAUACCAGCCGUGCGCACGUGGCGAGGACCGGUGGAAUCUUUGGUGGAGGGCGGGCGCCUUCCCGGCCGCGUGCUACAAAGCUCUCGGCGAUUGGCAGUUUAUGAACCACAUACCAAAAGGGGGAUCGAUAUGUCGAAAGGACAGCCUGUCUCGACUCCUGCGAUGCAUGAGAAGGAUUUAUGGAUCCAUUUACGAUUUCAGCCCGCCGUGUUUCCACUUGCCUCUGGAAUACGCCAAGCUGGUCUCCGAGUGCUCGAGGCUCAGACGCGCCGAAGAUGGAUCCGGCUCCAACGUCGUCUGGAUACACAAGCCAGUCGCGCAGAGCCAGGGCCGCGGGAUAUUUCUAUUUCGGAGCGUCUGCGAAAUGCGUUGCGGCAGUGCGGCUGUGGUGCAGCGGUACAUAGAGCGACCGCUGCUGAUCGCGGGCUACAAGUUCGAUCUCAGACUUUACGUUUGUGUGCCGGGGUACCGACCUCUUACAGCCUAUAUGUACGCCGAGGGCUUAGCUAGAUUCGGAACUGACAAGUACACGCUGUCCGAUAUUCAUAAUCCGUACAGGCACCUGACCAACUCUUCCCUCAACAAAACCGGACCUAGAUACGCCGAGUGCAAGGACAGAAUUGGCAGCGGUUGCAAAUGGACGUUGAAGCAAGUGAGGCGAGCGCUGGUGGGCAGAUGGGGCGCGGUGGAGUGGCUCGUGUGGCAGCGCAUCAGGGCCCUCGUAACCCUGACCCUUUUAGCGCAGGCCGCUGGCACUCCACCGGCCAGGAACUGCUUCGAGUUCUACGGCUUCGAUGUGUUGCUCGAUGAGUCUUUGAAGCCAUGGCUGCUCGAGGUAAACCUUUCGCCCGCCCUAGCAGCAGACUGCGAGGCUGACGUCAUUGUGAAGCAACCAAUGUUGCACGAGUUGUUCGACUUGCUGGGACUACCCAUGCGGCACACAGGUUUAUCGCUACUGCAAGGUCCGCCAACGCCACUGCUUAACAGAGAAGACGCUAGUUGCAGUUCAGAGGAAGAGGGCGUUGCGGCCCGCUCCGUGCCCUCUCGUGUGAAAACAGCGGGACCGCGUAGAGGUCAGCGCUGGAGACGUCGACGGGCGAUGCCCAUACACUGUGUCACCUUACAGGCACCACUGCCAGAUACGUACACGUCGACGUCGUGUGUGGCCAUAACGCCGGCGGAUUGCGCGGACGAGAGCUGGCGGGGCGGAUACGCGACGGCCGCGAGCCGCCGGCGGAUGGUCAGCGCGUGCACUUGGGGCAACGGCGUGCGGUGGCACCGCAGCGCCCCGCGCGUGGGCCGCUGGGUGCGCAUAUACCCGCACACGCUGCCCGACGACGAGCAGCAAUUGUCAAUGGAGGACGCUAGAGAGAGCGUGGCCCACGUGUCCAAGUUCGUUCGAGCCGCGAGGGAAGUGGUGAAGGAAAGUGGGCGCGAUAUCCGCGCGCCGAGGGAUAGCGGACGAGACGCCGCUUUCGAGGCCUCGCUCCGCAAGAAGCUCGGCUACGGCGCCCAAUUCGAAGUGUGGCUCCCUCCAUUC